AUGCUUGUCGUCAUAGGCAGCGAUGUUCUUUGCAGUGACCACUGCAUAUCGCCUGAGGACAAGCAAAUUGCUCCAUCACUCGCCGGAAAGGUUGCUGUUGUGAGCGGCUCUUCGUCCGGGAUUGGCACAGCGAUUGCGAGAGCGCUCUCUGGUCGAGGAGCCAACGUCGUGAUCAACUACUCAUUCAAGGAAAAUGCAGAUCAAGUCCUGCGGGGUUUGAAGGGAAGUGCAAAGUCUAUUGCGGUCGAAGCCGACCUCUCUACAAUAGCAGGGCCAACCAAGCUGGCAGCAGCCGCGGCAGAAAGCUUUUGGAAAAACCGACAUCCUCGUCAACAAUGCAGGACUCGGCGUUUUGUCAGAGCCCGAUGA